GUCUGCUUCUCUGGUGGUAUCAGGCAGUACGUGCACCGCAGAGCUUUUCACUUGCCAUUAGAGUAUAGACGCGUUGAUACGACGAAAAUAGCGACAACAGGACAAUUAUAUUCAGUGAUAUUUUUUUUUCCAAACAUCAGUGCUUCAGGAUUUUUUUUGGAUUAUUUUUUUUAAAGACGACGAUGUUUUGAGAUGAAAUAGCAAAACUAACAAAGUCCGAGAAGGUUAUUAUGAUGGAUGCUUUCAGUGUGGCAGUUCUCAUCCUCUUGGUAGCCGUAGCAGCUGGCCUGGACCCUUCCCAAUGCAUUGCGCCCUUGGGAAUGGAAAGCGGCUCCAUCAAGGAUUCCGACAUCGCAGCCAGUUCUUCCUUCGAUAACAAGAACGUCGGACCACAGCACGGAAGGAUGAGAAUGGAAUUGAAUGGUGGCGCUUGGUGCCCUCAGACACCGGCGACGGCCGAGCUAAAAGAAUGGCUAGAAAUCGAUUUUCACACCGUGCACAUGAUAACAGGUUCCGGAACGCAGGGGCGUUUCGGUAAUGGGCAAGGAGCCGAGUUCGCCGAAGCUUACAUGCUAGAAUACUGGAGGCCCAGCUUAUCCAAGUGGAUCCGAUACCGCAACCAUCUGGGCGAGGAGGUCAUCAAGGGCAACAUCAACACGUAUCUGGAAUCGAAGAGUCUGCUCGAUCCGCCAAUAAUAGCGAACAAGGUGCGAUUCCUGCCGUACAGCUAUCACAAGAGGACCGUCUGCAUGCGUGUCGAGCUGUACGGCUGUAGGUGGACAGAUGGGAUAGUGAGUUACUCGAUGCCCCAGGGCGAUAAAAGAGGUGCUAAUUGGGAGUUCUACGAUAACGCUUACGACGGACACUGGGAUGGGGAGAAGUUGAAACACGGCUUGGGUCAGCUGACCGAUGGGAAGGUUGCGCCUGAUGACUUCAAAGUACCAUUCUACGAGCAGAGUGUGCAAGGCUGGGUCGGAUGGAAGAACGAUACGCGUGAGAACAAACCAAUUGAAAUCACCUUCGAGUUCGACAGAGUGCGCGAGUUCACGGCGGUGCAUAUCUACUGCAAUAAUCAGUUCACCAAAGACGUGCAGGUGUUCUCGACGGCGACGGUGCUCUUCAGCGUGGGUGGAAAGCGGUACAAAGGGGAACCAAUAACUUUCGAUUACAUCGAGGAUCGUAUAUUCGAGUCCCCACGAAACGUAUCUAUUAAACUGCACCAUCGCGUCGGAAGGUUUGUUAAACUACAAGUGCAGUUCGCUGCCAGAUGGAUGCUUCUCAGUGAAGUCACCUUCGACUCGACCGUUGUGAACGGAAAUAUCACUGAGGAGGAAGAGCUACCCGAGGAAACUAACUUGCAGAAGGACCAAAUCGCCACUCCCGGCAUGGAUAGCAAGAAUAUUAUCAGCGCUGUUAACACCCCGUCCGGUUUAGGGCAGUAUUUGGGAAUAGUUGUGGGUUUCCUAGCCGUAAUUAUAGUCCUGAUACUUGUGGUCGUCGUGUUUAUCUAUAUCCAGAAUCGCCGCUAUAAAUCAUCUCCACGCCCUUCGCAGGUACCCGGCGGCUGCGACAAGGCUGCCCUUUAUCGUGAACCGCCGGAUCCGGAAUACGCGGUUCCUUUGCAGCAACCCCACACCUCCAGACCCCCACCGAACGUACAAAACUUCUUCCCGAAAGCUCCACCAAUCCCACCACCACCAGAACGAUAUUACGCCGCCACCGAGAUUUGCAACACCGGCUUUGUUCCACCACCCCCACCGCUCUCCACGCCUCCUCCUGUUAGACUUAGCAGGCAACCUAGAUAUGUCACGUCCGCCAGGACGUACAUUGGACCCUAAACUGUGAUAUAACCCUCGAUGAAUCGGCCUUCGCUUUUGUCAUCUCCAAUUAAGGACAAUUCAAUAUAUAGUAUUCAUUUACUUUGUUUUCCUUAUAUACAUGUAACAUAUAUAUACAUAUAAAUAUAAUUUAUUUGUGGAACUCGAAAAUUCAACGAACGUAAAAGGCUGAUGAUUACCAAAAGUAUUUUAUUAAUUUAUGUAAUCGCUUGUAAACGCAUAUACGACAAUCUGUAAAUUAAAUGUGGAUCUAGUUAUAUAAUGAAAAAAAAAACAAUACAAUAUUUGUAAUAUCAUCAAUACCCAAAACGACUGUAC